UUAGAUCUCCUCUUAGCCAAUGAAAGUGAGUUGGCUGGGUGUGUUGUGUUGGAGUUUGGACUUUGGAUCAGAAAAAGAAGAGCUGAGAGAUACCGGGAGACUCUUUAGGGACAGAGACAAAGCUACGCUACAACAAAGCGAACUGGUUAUUUUUGGUGGAUCUUUGUUGUCUUGGAAGGCUUCUGUGGUGAUCCAACCAAACCAUGGAGUCCUACCCAGAACAGGGCUGUGAUGGCAUCGAACUGCUUGACUGGCUGUUUGAUCAAAAUGAUGGAAUUCUCCGCCAUGAAGAAAGCGGACGCCAUGGCAACCACCAUACCUGGCCAAUUCAGGGCCCAAAUAUGCAGCAACCAUCUGAACAGGCAGACGAUGACUUCCUUAACGCCCUCCUGAGUGGAAGUGAAUCUGUGACAGGCUCUCCUCUCUGGUCCCCUUCUCCCAGUGACAGUGGGAUCAGUGAGGAUCCCCCGUCAGAUCAGAUGGACAGCCCUCAGCGCCCUGAGAGCCCUCCUGAAGAAGCACAGUAUUUCAGUAGGCCACAAACCAAGGCUUCCCUGGAGUCCAAUGUCUCUGUUGACCUCAAUGGUUGGGGCCUCAACUUCCCAUUAGGGAAGACAAGAGUCACACAAUAUCCCUCCGAUGUACAAAGACCCCAGCUGUCCUCUGGCUUCCCUCUUACUGUCAAGGACCUGCUUUUGUCUGGCACUCCAGAGCCAACCCCACACCCAUCCCAGCAGUCCAUUCAGGAGCUGAUUCUCAAUGAAGAUGAGAAGAAGCUUUUAGCAAAGGAGGGGGUGAAUCUGCCCAGCCAGUUACCUUUAACAAAGUACGAAGAAAGGAUUCUGAAGAAAAUUCGCAGAAAGAUUCGCAAUAAGCAGUCAGCCCAGGAGAGCAGGAAGAAGAAGAAGGAGUAUAUUGAUGGGCUGGAGAGCAGGAUGGCCACCUGCAAUGCACACAACCAUGAGCUGCAGAGGAAAGUGUCCCAGCUGGAGAAAUGCAACAUGUCACUAAUGGAUCAGCUGCGCAGGCUGCAGGCUCUGAUCAUGAAUACAACUAACAAGCCAGCCCAGACUGGGACAUGUGUACUGGUGCUCCUGCUGUCCUUCUCCCUAAUCCUGUUCCCCAGCCUCAAGCCUUUCUCAGACACCAAGGUCAGCCAGGGGGACUUCAGUCCAGUCAGAAUCCAGUCACGGUCCCUACAGAACCUUCAGGCCUCCCGUGUGCUUCACAUAAUCGAGCCUCCCUUCUCUGCAGAAGAGAAGUCAGAGCCUCUGCACCAGUAUUUCCCAGGAGACGAAGGGUUGGAUGAUAUUACUGCACGGAUGGGAAAGAUGGGGAUGAACCAGGAUCAGCCUGAUUUGGAAGCUACGUCUUUGAACCGCAGCCAGGAAGAAAUAAUGAGUAAUUUCCAUGUGGACCCCAUCACUGGUCACAUAGCCACUGUGACCUUGGAUCCCCAGCGCUCUGCCAGGCUGAGACCACAUGCUGAUGACAUGUAAAAUAAAAUAAUGAAUGAUAUCUACAUAAGCUCUCUAAACCGUCCUCUUCACACAUGGUCCUCCAGGGAAUCUGAAUCUGCUGUUUACACUUACAGGGAAAUUAGCUUUGAAUCAUUCCUGUUUUGAAUUCAAUAUAUGUAAAGUCUGCUUUGUGAUACUGUUUUAUAUCAGAAAAAGGAUUGGCUCUGAGCUUGGAGUAGCCUCUUAAUAUAAACUGUGUAUCUUUUCUUUGAUAGUAUGUGUUUAAAGUAUGUUUGACACUUUUAAAAACUGGGUAAAUAGAGCUGUGAUGUGUCUUAAUCUGAACUGAUUGUUUGCAAAUUGUUGAAGCAUAUUUUAAGCAUGUUUUUAGAAUGAUCAAUUUGAUUUGUUU